CUUUCCCUUUUGUGGCCCCUGACCUAGACAUGCUCACCUAGCAGGCUGGGCUGAGUAGGAGGAGGGGAGGACUCUGGGCCCCUCCCCUCGUCCUGCCUCCUCCUUGCCCCCAAGGUGAGCGCUUUGGUCAUUCCCGCAGAGCACAUAGGGCGCAGGUGGUACAGCCCAUUGUCCGUUCUAGAGAGAUUCCAAGGCGGUUGGGCAGUGGGGACAGGUUCCCAGAGCAGCGCUAAGCUUCAUCCGGUCAAGAGCAACAGCGGACUUGGAGUUGUGGCCCCCAAAGAUUGAUAUCUAACUGCCAAUUAGAUUUUAGAAGUAAGAGUUUGGGGAAGGGGGUCCAUCAGAGUGCUGCUCUUCGAUCUCUUGGGUGCCCCAAGAGUCUGAAAAAAUGGCAGCAGCAGUGAUUGUCCGACUGAUCCCUAAGUUGCACUCAAUGGCCAGCCGGGAAUCUGGCUACUACAUUGGCCGGCAGCUAUGGUUUGGGCUGGUGGUCUUGUAUGGCAUGGUGCUGUAUGUGGCCUACAUCCCUUGGGUCCACAUCAAGGAAGAUUUCAUCUGUCAUGGAAAUAUCACGUUGCCAUGCCUGAUGAAGUGUUUCGGGGAGAGAUUUUCCGUCCCUAUACUGGGGACGUGGUACUUCUUCUACUUCGUUUUCAUAGCACUCUUCUGCCUUGUGGAAGUCUUCAUGACUCAGCUCCGGCAGAAGCACGUCAAGGCGAUGAAGUCCAUGGUGUCCAUGAUGUCCAUGGCAAGGGACUUAGAGGAAGGCUCCAUGGUGCCAACUAAGGAGCUGAGUGCCUCCUGGAAGAAAUCUAUCCUGAACUUGCACCGGGAGAAGAUUCUCCUGCUGUUGUACCUCCUGUACUUCCUCCUGCAGGUCAUCUUCCAGUGUGUGUUUUUAUUCAUACUCCUCUUCCAGCAGCUUCCCCUGUUGAAACAAGGCAGCGUCCACUGCAGCACCAGCAGCUGUCCUGGCCCCUAUUGUUGCCUCAUAAGGGCCUCGAUGGAGAAGCAAAUGUCCAUCUAUAUUCUCAUCACCCUGUCUGUCUCAAUCAUCCUCCUUGGCACAAGUUUCUUCGCAUACAGCAUUUACCACUACCUGCUGAAGGACCGGGCCAUUUCCAAGGCGCAGAGUUCUUGACAUCUAUGAGAGACAAGACCUUCCUUCCUUCCUUAAAAUCCUUGCUCUCUUACAUAAGGAAGUGUAUAUUCUAUGAAUUUUUUAUUUGCUGACUUCAUUUAAUGUUUGUUUCUCAAAAAUAAGGGUUGUUGUGUUUUCUUUCUUGAGGGCUCAACUGGGGGUCAUCUAACUCUGGAAGUGCAUGAACACACCCCACAGUUGACUGCCAGGCUCUUGUUAGGCAUUAGUCCAUUUCCUCUGCACAGUCACAUCCAAGGUGGAUUCAUUUCCUUUCCUGAGACCUAGGAAGAUAGAUGACUGGCAGGUGCCACAUACAGUCAGCAAGGCAAGCCGGCUUUGAAGCCUCUGGCCUCCCAAACAUUCCUGCUCUAGAAGCCUUCUCAUCAGGAUUAACCUCCCUGGCAUAGAAGCUUAAUUUUUUUUUUUGUUGUUUUUUUUUUGUUUUUUGGAGACAGGGUUUCUCUGUGUAGCUUUGCACCUUUCCUGGGACUCACUUGGUAGUCCAGGCUGGCCUCAAACUCACAGAGAUCCGCCUGGCUCUGCCUCCUGAGUGCUGGGAUUAAAGGCAUGCGCCACCACCGCCCGGCUAGAAGCUUAAUUUUUAAAAGCAAGGCUAAGUUUUACUCUCCUAGUGAGUCCUAUAGAAGGGAUGAGCAAGGUCAAACGGGGCAGAGGGCUGGGUUGUACUCACAGCCAUCUCAGAUCAGGGUGGCAUCUUAUUCCUUUCCAGUCAGAGACAAGAGAUCCUAGGCAAAGCUAGCUCCUACUGAGGUGUUCACAGCCUUAGAGUGUCCUUCUAAGAAAGGCAUCCAGGUAUUGGCUAGACAGGAUGGGACUUCUUGUCAUCCUAUAAAUGAUGAGGUGGAGGACUCCAUCUUCCAUUAAUAGCAAGAUUGGUUUCAUGGGCUGACCACCCAUUUUUAUUGCCCUAAAUGGACAGAGCUGGAAAAAGGACCCAUUGCCAGAAGCUAAGGCCAUGAAGCAUGGAAUGUUGGGGAAAGAAAAAGGAGGUGGCUGGGAAAAUCCAGUAUGUACGAACUGAUGUGAGGUGGCUGGGGAAGCCACUAGGUACAAGGUGAAGUGGGAAGCCAGUGAUGCAGCAUCCUGCCAGCUUCACAUAGAGGACUAGUCACAGAUGCUUUAUAUCUCCCAUCACACAAUCUUGUAUGAUGCAAUCUAAUGGCAGAUCCAACAUUAUAGCAAUGUUUCCACAAAUAUUCACCCAGUCAGCAUAUUUACUGAGCCCUAACACGGUCCAUGUGCUGGAGCAUAUAUGACUUUUAAAAUCGGAAAAAGCAAAUUAUAGAGACAGAGGGCAGUAAAUAACAGCAUAAGAGGAAGCUAAUGGCAUAUGACACUGGCUUCACAAGCUGCUCUGCCCCAGAAUCAAGUCAGAGAAAGCUUCUCCAGAGAAGGGUCAGCUGAACUAAGCCAAAUGAAAGACGUGGUUGAGAUCUGUCUGGACAUAACUGAAAAUAACACAUCAGAAUGAUCUAUGGUAGACUUAACCAGUACCAUCAUGUUACUGCUGUAUUUUAAUUAAGCACUAAAAUGGGUGAGGGAAUCACUUCUGAGUUGCUAAGGUCAUUUAAACACAAGGGCACAGCUUGCCUAGUUAGUGUGUACAAGGCCCAGGGUUCAUUUCCUAGCAAU